AUGCCACCACAAAAUUUUGUCAUUCUUGGAGGUGGCAUCUCUGGUUUAACAGCAGCAUGGUAUUUAGCUCGUAAUGCGCCUUCCUCAAUAAAAAUCACAUUGUUAGAAGCAUCAGAUAGAUUUGGCGGAUGGAUACGAAGUACACGUGUUGGAGAAGAAAGGAUACUUUUUGAACAAGGCCCCAGAACCUUGAGACCUAGUGGAUUAGGUGCAGGUGUUAUACUGGAUAUGGCUGCAAAAUUGAAUCUAACAGGAUUCAUUCAUGCAGUUGGUAAAUUUGAGCCAGCUGCCAGAAAUCGCUAUUUAUAUUAUCCAGAUCGUCUCGUUCAACUUCCAGGAGGCAAUUUACUUCCAGGUUUAAAAAGUGUUGUACAGAAUAAAUUUAUAUUAUCUUCAAUAUAUUCAGUACUGCGUGAACCAUUCAUUAAACCAUUCAAAAAUUUGGAUGAUGAAAGUAUUCAUAAUUUUAUUACAAGAAGAUUUAAUUCAACAUUGGCUGAUACAUUAAUGAGUGCACUCAUACAUGGAAUUUACGCAGGUGAUGUAAAAAAACUUUCGAUCAAGUCCACGUUUAAACGAAUGUUUGAUAUGGAACAGAUUUAUGGAUCGGUAAUUAAAG